CAUAGCUCAGUGUGUUUUUGUCGAAUCAACGCCACUGAUUAAAUUAAAUAAUCGCCCGGAAAAACGAUUGCGAGAGCCUCCUCGAAUGGUCUCCAAAGUAGUCUCCACAAGCCGCAGACAAAAAAGACCGUGAGAUUUGUUAGCCAGAAGUCCGGAAACUCUAGAGGAGAUCACAUCGCCGCUGCCAUGAACCACCUCCACCUCCUAGUUUUUGUGAUUCUCUGUGCCGUUGGCAUAGCUCCCUCAAUGGGUCGCCCCAAAAGCGAGGAAAUCGUGAUGGUGGAGGAUAUAAUACGAACGAAUAGUGGAAAAUCGGAGGAUAGUAGCGUUGCCCUGGUCACCCUAAGUGAAUCGGCCAGCGAGGAGAGCGACGAAAGCGGUCAAGCCAAUGCCUCCGAUGACCUGAUCUUCCCCACUCGAAAAAAUCAAAGUAAAAACGAGGACAAAGCCCACAUAGACUUGUCGUCCGUCGGGGAGCCCAAAGUGGAGGAACUGCCAAAGGAUCUGACUCCGGCGAAUCAAUCCAUCGAUCUGAGUGCCUUUGUGGCGCUAAUUCCCGUGCAGGAAGUUCAGUCCAUAGCGGCCCAUUAUUACCACCACGACGCGGAGGUCCAAAGGGCAUAUGCAUUCCUCUCUAGUAGCUAUUUUUCGGACAUCAAACAGCAGAUUUUGCAGCUGCCAGAGGUUGUGGCCUUUAUGCGGUACCUCAAUGCCACUGGUUUUGAUGUCCUCAAGGUAGUGCAGUCUGUGUCGGAUGCGGCGAAGCCAGGAGUAUUGGAUUUGGCAGCAUCCAACGAAUCCACCACAUCGAAGGCUAACGAAGAUGGCAGCACCACCACGCGGGAACCACUCAACGGCCUACACGGCCUUGUGGACAGUAUCCUGGACAUCUUGCCGCAGGACCAACUUCUGGCCACCUUUUUCGACAAAACCGAGAGCGACAAACAAUUCGCAGCAUUCGUCGACAGCAUAGGCAACCCGAAAUUUGCCAAAAUUCUGAUCGGUCUUCAGGUAAGUUGGGAAAGCCAGAAACCAUUCCCCCAUGUGGUAAUUGUAUUUCAGUUUUGGGGGACACGCUUUGUUUGCCACAAGUCCCCAACUCCCUUUUCCGAUACACUCUACACUGUGUAUGUGUGUUGAAAAUUGUUUAAAAAAUUCCAUUUGAAAUGGCCGUCUUUGAGUCGCUGGCUGCGCCAUAAUAAUUUCCCACCGAGACGUGAGAAAAAUUUUCGAUUGCUUUAUUGAGUUUCUUUUGGGGAAAAGGUUCAGGUUAAAAGUGGGCAACUUUUAUAUGCGAUUCCGUAUACAAAUCAACUUCCGUUGAUGCCUCAGAAUUUUCAAGUGCCAUAGCGUUUUUCCUUUCUUUUUAUAUAUUUUUUUCCUGGCUCGAUUUUGGUCUCGUCCCCGGCAC